AUGGCUGCUCUCGGCGAUGACCUGCUUCGCAUCGUCAACCAGCUGCAGGACUUGGUCUUCAACACCAUCGGCACUGACAGCUUGGACCUACCCCAGAUUGUCGUCGUCGGCUCGCAGUCCGCCGGCAAGUCCUCCGUGCUCGAGAACAUCGUCGGCCGCGACUUUCUGCCCCGCGGCAGCGGCAUCGUCACCCGUCGCCCGCUGAUCCUCCAGCUGAUCAACGUCGAGGAGGACGAGGCCGAGCCCGACCUCCAGUCCGCCUACAACAACCCCAACCAGGCCAGGCGCUCCGAGUGGGCCGAGUUCCAUCACAUUCCCGGCCGCAAGUUCACCGACUUCGGCGAUGUCAAGCGCGAGAUCGAGAACGAGACGGCCCGCGUCGCCGGCAGCAACAAGGGCAUCAACAGGCAGCCCAUCAACCUCAAGAUCUACUCCCCCCACGUCUUGAACCUGACCUUGGUCGAUCUGCCCGGCCUGACCAAGGUCCCCAUCGGCGACCAGCCCCCCGACAUUGAGAAGCAGACCCGCACCUUGAUCUCCGAGUUCAUUGCCAAGCCCAACAGCAUCAUCCUGGCCGUCUCCCCGGCCAACGUCGACAUUGUCAACUCCGAGGCUCUCAAGCUUGCCAGGCAUGUCGACCCCCUCGGCCGGAGGACCGUCGGCGUCCUCACCAAGGUCGAUCUGAUGGACCACGGUACCAACGCCCUGGACAUCCUGUCGGGCCGCGUCUACCCUCUCAAGCUCGGCUUUAUUGGCGUCGUCAACCGGUCGCAGCAGGACAUCCAGGGCAACAAGCCCAUGGAGGAUGCCCUCAAGGCAGAGAACGAGUUCUUCAAGCACCACCCCGCCUACCGAAACAUCGCGACUCGCUGCGGCACGCAGUUCUUGGCCAAGACCUUGAACCAGACCCUCAUGACCCACAUUCGGGAACGUCUGCCCGAUAUCAAGGCUCGCCUGAACACCUUGAUGGGGCAGACGCAACAGGAGCUGGCGAGCUACGGCGACAUGCACUUCAGUGGCAAGGAGCACCGCGGCUCCAUGAUUCUACAGCUCAUGACCAAGUUUGCAUCCUCCUUCAUAUCCUCCAUUGACGGUACAUCUACCGAGAUCUCCACCAAGGAGCUGUCGGGAGGUGCCCGCAUCUACUACAUCUUCAACUCGGUCUUUGGCAGUUCGCUCGAGUCCAUAGAUCCUACGUCGAACCUCUCGGCCUUGGACAUCAGGACCGCCAUCCGGAACUCGACCGGUCCUCGCCCCAGCCUGUUCGUCCCCGAAAUGGCCUUCGACCUGCUGGUCAAGCCACAGAUCAAGCUUCUAGAGAUUCCCAGCCAGCGCUGUGUGGAGCUCGUCUACGAGGAGCUGAUCAAGAUCUGUCAUACAUGCGGCUCGACCGAGCUGUCUCGUUUCCCUAGAUUACAGGCCAAGCUCAUCGAGGUGGUUUCAGAUCUGCUUCGCGAGAGAUUAGGACCGGCAUCAAACUACGUCGAGUCCCUGAUCUCCAUUCAGCGCGCCUACAUCAACACCAACCACCCGAACUUCCUCGGCGCCGCCGCCGCCAUGAGUCACGUUGUGACCAACAAGCAGGACCGGGAGAGGAAGAGGCUCAUUGAGGAGGAGAGGGCGCGGCGGGAGAAACGGCGCCUCAAGGAACUCGGCCCGAACGGCACGGAGACCCCUGAAGACGACGAGGAUGCAGCAACGGAGAAGGGGGAAGUUUCCAACUCUCGGAAGCAGGUUGCAAAGGGCACACGUAGUAUGUCACCAGCUGUCCGGGAGAACGGCACUAGCAGCUUGGCCGCGGCCGUCAACGGAGCGAGGUCUGGAUCCCCAGCGAGGUUGAAUCCUCAGUCGCUCGGUGGCGGCGCGCGUGACACCUUCUUGAACUACUUCUUUGGAAAAGAUGGGGCGCCACACCAAGGGGGUGGCGCCGGCACGCCUGGGGGCCUGCCUCGCCAUGUCAGUCAGUCGCAGGAACCAACCUUCAGCCAAAGCAUACGCCGAGGCGAAGACAGGGUUACACACCGGCCCGCCCUUUCCCAGUCCCUAUUCCGAGAGGAGGAGAGCCCGAGGACGACGGAGUUUGGCUUUGGCGCAAUGGGUAACAACACUGAGCCAGCCUUGACCGAGCGCGAGGCCAUGGAAACGGAGCUUAUCCGGGCCCUCAUCUCAUCCUAUUUCAAUAUCGUACGGGAGUCCAUCGCCGACCAGGUCCCCAAGGCCAUCAUGCAUCUUCUCGUCAACCACAGCAAGGAUGUAGUGCAGAACCGCCUGGUCAGUUCGCUCUACAAGGAGGGUCUCUUCGAGGAGCUGCUGUACGAGGACGACGGAGUUAAGAAAGAACGCGAAAAGUGCGAGAAGCUGCUCCAGACCUAUCGCGAGGCCGCCCAGAUCAUUGGCGAAGUGUUAUAA